UAAGAGAGGGAGGAAGUGGAACACAAAACUGUAAACCUAUAACCCCACAAGAAAAAGAAGAAGAAAGAAAGUUGAAGUGGUUUGAGUUAGCUGAGAAGAGGGUGCUCCAUUAAGGGCCACUCUCAUCAAACACUUUGAUCAUCAAAUCCAUUUAAGUGAAUUGGUUGAAUCUGCCAAAACGGGUCUCCCUCUGUGGAUGCUUGGUUUGGGUGCGGACCUCUUGUGGGCCGACAUGAACCGUCUCCUCGCCUUUCUCUUCCACCAGGGAGUGUUGGAUGAGCAAUUCUUGCAGCUUCAGCAGCUGCAGGAUGAGACCUCCCCAAACUUCGUCUCCGAGGUUGUCAACAUUUAUUUCCACGAAUCCGAAAAGCUUCUCAGAAAUCUCAGAGCUUUGCUGAUGGAGAAGGAGUUUUCGGACUAUAAGAAAAUGGGGAUCCAUUUGAAUCAGUUCAUGGGUAGCAGUUCCAGUAUUGGCGCCAAGAGAGUUAGAAAUGUUUGCGUUGCCUUUCGUGCCGCUACUGAACAGAAUAACCGUGCUGGUUGCUUGCGAGCGUUGGAGAUGCUGGAGCAUGAAUAUUGCUAUCUCAAGAACAAAUUGCACGAAUUGUUCCAAAUUGAACAGCAACGUGCUUUGGCCGCAGGAGUAAGGUACCCGGUGCAGAAUUAACAAAGCAAUGCAAUGCAAGGAAAUGAAAUGAUGAUGAAAAAAUAUUUUUAGGAUUUGUUUGCUAUUUUGCUUUGUGUUCAUUUCUGGUUUCGUAAGGCUAAGGGCACGUAUCUCCGGUUAUAGACAAGCCAAGCGAUACCCAGCUUUUGUGCUUUGUUGUGUAGGGAAUAGAAAAAAGGGAUCAACGCCUCUGGCUUUGUGGAUUCUCUAGUGUACUACGUAGUGCCAUCAUGCUCUUCCUUACAGUAUGCUUCGCUGUAACCCUGUUCACUUUUUUUAACUAAAGUGGAUCAAAUCUAUUAAAAGUUGGUGGUGUUUCGAUUUUUACUA